CACGCGCGGGACAGCUCGGUGCUCGGGUAGCUGACCGGGGCCGGCCGUUGUUGUUUGUGCUUUUGCAGUCCGCGUGCCGAUUCUCGCCCGCUGCGGGGAGAUGGUAGUGGAGGAAGCGGGCUGCGGCCCCGCCAAGCCCGCGGGGAACAGGCGGCCCCAGAAGCAGGAGCCGCUGGGACACGUGAAGAAAAGCAAGCAGCAGGUCUCUGACGGCUUCACUGUCAAAGCCAUGAUGAAAAACACUGUGGUACGGGGGCCCCCACUUGCAGGAGCAUUUAAAGAGAGACCAACAAAGCCCACAGCAUUUCGCAAGUUUUAUGAACGAGGAGACUUCCCCAUUGCUGUUGAGCAUGAUACGAAAGGGAACAGAAUAGCAUGGAAGGUGAGUCAUAGCAUGCCUUUGAUUGCCACCUGA